AUGCCCGUUAAGCUCAAGUGGCCUUGGCUAGGUAUAGCAAUUCCUGCCUUCCUCAUUAGUUUCUUGGGAUAUGGAGGGCACUAUUUUGUUCUUCAGAAUUUCUGUGCAAUUCCUGUUCAGCUGUCUUUUGAAGCAUGCUUGACCAUGAUUUGGAUAUCAUAUUACUUGGCGAUUUUCACAGAUACGGGAAGCCCACCUGCUGAAGUCUCCCCUCAGGCCCAUGGCUGGAAGUUCUAUUGCAAAAUCUGCAAAUGCUACAAACCUGAAAGAACACAUCACUGCAAAACAUGCGGGAAGUGUGUCCUGGUGAUGGAUCACCACUGUCCAUGGACAAUGAACUGUGUGGGACUCAAUAAUUUUGCGCCCUUUGUGCGCUUCCUUGUCUGGGUAAUGGUAACGACCAGCUUCUUAGGUUUCCAAUUGAUUAGACGGGCUCUUUUCCAUUGGCAUGGGCGACAUGAUAGAUACUUUGUCUUCAAGUCAGAGCUGUGGUUCCUGGUUCUCCUUAUUCCGCUCAAUUUUUUCGUGCUUCUAUCGAUCGCCGCACUCUUCAUUCGCUGCGCUGGAAAUCAAUUCUUUAAAGGCAUGACACAGAUAGAAACCUGGGAAUUUGAAAGACUAGAGAAUCUUUUUGACAAUAGAAAGCUCGUUCCACAGCUUGUGAUUUCUCUCAAAGAAAUUUACCAAGAUGAAAAUAUACCCGAACAGGAAGUGAGCGCCUUGUCUACCGAUAGAUCUUUAGACAUUGAAGAACUCAUCAACUUCCCCUAUGACAAUGGCAUAAUGUCUAACAUCAAGCUCUUCCUUGGAAGCUUUACCCAAUGGGUUUUACCGUGGGGAGCAACGAGCCAAAACGGCUUAACGUUCGAGAAGAAUGAAUUUAGCCACUACAACAGCAAGGCUCCGCUAAUCGAUCGCUUCCUGUCUCUCCCCUGGCCGCCUGAUGGUGGUAGGCACAAGAACGCCAUAGAUGUUGAAAAUGACAAUGCUGUCGACAUUGGCUAUGAAGGAGGGGAAGCAGUCAUCAGAAAGCGUUUUGUCGAUCCAAGAACUAAUCUCCGGCGCACAGAGUGGUUUAACGAGUGGGGAGAAAAUUUAGCUGACUUCGGGGUCGAUGUCGAGGCGGAGAGUCCAGAUUAA